CCAGCAUUCUGCGGGCCGCCCUGACACGGAAACAUCAAGGAAGAGGAUGCGGGUCGGGUAACUCUGCGGUCGGUAAGAGAAGUCUCUUUAACCGCAGCUUGUACCCGUGUACAUGUACGUGUUUCUCCCGUCCACCGUGUCGUAUCGCGACGGUAGACGCUCGAGACGAACGCGAGACAAUGUCGUUGUGUUUUAACGUGUUUACUCGCCUGUGAGCAACAGGGUGAGGCGACGGUUUAAAGUCCUCCAACUUCGGGGGUUGCGGGUGAAGUUGUCGCCGACCGCUGCUCGGUAACCACAAGAGCGAGGAGGAUUACGUAAGAGACGUGCCGUGUGAAGGAAUGGAGACAUGUUGGAGGAAGAACAUAUGAAAUGUACCAACAAAAAAAAUCAAGAUGCGUUUUUAUCGUUAUGGGAAGCCGAUCUGUGCUGGAAAGUGAUAUGAGCGUUGUGCGGUGAGUGAGACAGACAUCACAUCCGCAUCACAUGUCUGCAGAUAUGGAUUACAAGGUUGUGUUUGCAGCCUUGGAGACAGUAUGUGAAGACAACAUUUCUAUUCUUUGUGGGCCCUCCGAUCUGCCAUAUGGCGCCGUUGCCAGGCGCCUGGUCACAUGUAUGAGAGAGAUUCAGGAGCACGGCCGAGUCCUGAAGCCUGUGGUUGCCGGCUUCACCGCCGUCUUCCACCAUUAUGACUUUGAUGCACAAACGCCCGGGAAUGGCUACCGCACCCUGGCCAAGGUGUUGCUGUCUUGCCUUUUGCACAUCAUCCACAAGGGGCGUUACAUCGCCUCCAAUUACAACGGUGCCUUCUUCAGGGCGGACCACAAUGCGUCUGAGAUGGAGGCGUACUGCAGCGCUCUGUGCCAGCUGCGCGCGCUGCUGCACCUCGCCCAGCAGCUGAUCAACGACAACGGCUACGGCCAGCUGUACUCCCUGGAGGACGGGGACCUGAGUCGCCGGUUCGUGCGCGAGUACAGCUCCAUGCACAAGGCCUGCUUCUACGGCCGCUGUCUGGGCUUUCAGUUCUCGCCAACUCUACGUCCAUUCCUCCAGACCAUUGUCAUCAGCAUGGUAACAUAUGGAGAGACGUACAGUAAACAGCAGUCUGGUUUGGGUUUGGCGGCCCUUUCCCUCCUCACAUCGGGGAAGUAUGUCAUCGAUCCGGAGCUGCGGGGUGCCGAGUUUGAACGCAUUACCCAGAACCUGGACAUGCAGUUCUGGAAGUCCUUCUGGAACCUCACAGAGUCCGGCCUUAUAGCAGGCUUCAGCCGGAUAGCCUCUUACCCAGUGCAGGUGAACUUCACCCUGACCGUGCCCCCUGUCACUCUGCACCUCCCGCUGGCCUCGGACCCCAGCCUAACAGCCACCGUGUCACCUCCGAUAGCCCACUGGGGCCCCGGACCAGUCCACAUGCGUCUGAUCUCCCAUGAGCUGCGAGAAGGGCAGGAGAGCGAAGAGUUGCUUGCCUAUUCUCGGAGCGACCCCCCCCCCAUCACCGCGUCCCACCUCCCCUGGGUGCAGAAGCAGCCUCGCUCCCCCUGGCUGCUCAUCCACUUCCAUGGAGGCGGCUUCGUGGCCCAGACUUCCAGGUCCCACGAGAAUUAUCUGCGGAGUUGGUCGAAGGAGCUGAGCGUGCCUAUCCUCUCCGUGGAUUACUCGCUGUCACCCGAAGCGCCAUUUCCCAGAGCUCUGGAGGAAUGCUACUACGCCUACUGCUGGGCUCUGAAGAACUGUCAUCUGCUGGGCUCUACGGCGGAGUGCGUUUGCCUGGCGGGCGACAGCGCCGGAGGAAACCUUUGCAUCACUGUGUCCAUGAAGGCCAUAUGCAGCGGCAUCCGAGUCCCCGACGGCAUGAUGGUCGCCUACCCGGCCACCUUGCUCACCACUGAUGCCUCGCCAUCCCGCCUGCUAACGCUCAUCGACCCGCUGUUGCCUCUAGGUGUCCUCACGAAGUGCAUCAAUGCCUACGCAGGUGCAGACACGCAGACGGUGCAGACCGCUCUGGGCAGCGGCAGUCUGAGCGCUCUGGGCAGAGACACCGCCGCGCUGCUCAGCGAUCUCACCCAGGGAGCCUCCAACUGGAUCCAGUCCUUUCUGGACCCCAUGCGGGCUACGGGGGGAGCGCGCUCGCUGCCGGCGGCGCAGAUGGGGUCCCCCGGCGGCGCGACUCGCGGGACGCCCGCUGACGUGGCGGCGACAAACCGCGAAGGUCACAGGGAUUACCCAGAGGGCUUUGAGCCCCUGCGCUCCGAGUGCCUGGCCUUUGUUCGCCCGACUUCCUGCCCCAUCAUCCGGAACCCGUUCGUGUCACCCUUGCUGGCUCCUGACAGCCUGCUGAGAGGCCUGCCACCCGUACACAUAGUGGCCUCCGCGCUGGACGCCCUGCUGGACGACUCUGUGAGUUUUGCCAAGAAGCUGCGUGUCAUGGGCCAGCCUGUGCACCUGACGGUGGUGGAGGACCUGCCGCACGGCUUCCUCAGCCUGUAUCAGCUCGCCAAGGAGACGGACGUCGCCGCGGAUAUCUGCGUGGAGCAAAUGAGGACGAUUUUCCAGCAAGCAAACCUUCGCAAGCGGCCAAAGCUGGGAGAGACUUCUCCCAGAGAGACUUCUCCCAGCACCAGUCAGUCAGGCUGAUUUCCUCUUUUUUUUUUUUAAAUGUGUAUAUAUACCUGCCGUGGGAAAAAAGAGAUCUGACAUAAUGAGAGAGGGAUGCAGUCGAUUUGAGAAAAGGAAAGAAGUCGGGGAGAAUUAUGAGGGCCGCGACGAAACCAGAAGCUCAGGGACACUGCACUCUGUCAUAAGCUAAAAUAAAGACAAAGAGGGAAAUGCUUUCUUUACCAGCUCUGAUAUGAUCUAAAUUGAGGAUUGAUGAUUUUGUCUCUCCCAAGAUUUACAUGUUCAAGAUCCGGAUAGAAAAACCGCACAUUGACACUUACAGGCAGUGAGGAAGUCCACCGUAAGCAGCCCCCGUUGUCGUUUCCUUACUGUAUGUCAUGGGAGCUGCUGUGCCUUAGAACUUAACGUGCUGCUAAAUUGUGUGAAGAAAAGCUUCGCCGACAUUAUGCACAAACUGACUGAAGGUUUACACUUCAGAUGCACUCUUCUUUUUAAUAUAGUAAGUUUUUGUUUACCAGCAGUAUGUGGACGUGGAUUAUGAAAGUUACUCGCUGUACUGUAAAUGAAUUCUUAACGGUUGGUGAAUAUUUAACACUGUGUUUAUAUUUAAAGUCUGCAUUAAAUCAAAACUUCCAAGAA